CUGGAACGAAUGCGUUGGACAAUCGAAUCAUCAUCACGUCGAUCACGUCGUACGUCGAUGGUCGAGAAUUCGCCUCUCUCUCAACCGAAUCCCUUCCCCUUCUCGAGUUUCUCGCGAGCAAUUUGUGAUCAGUCCCUAACUCUUCAACGCAAUUCGUCGCAACGGCGUUCACAGAGACCACACCUCGCAUCAAUCGAGCCCCCUCACAGCAUCGCUUCCAGCCACUACAACCAUCUCUUACAACUCAGUCGCAAUCCAGCGGUGUCCUUUCGAUGUUCCCAACGAGUUAUCGCGGCAAUACUCCGCGCCAGGCUCUAAAGGCAUACGUUCUGCAUCCCAAGCCUUCCUCUGACUGUUCGGCUCUGGACCCGCUGGAGGACGCGCCCAGACCGGUCGAGGAAGAAGAUUCCGCCAAAAUAUCUAAAGCUCGAUCGCCCAACUCGAAGUCUAGCCUGACUGGUCGAAAGUUGACCGCGGCUGCAACAAAGUUUUGGCAGAGCUACCUGUCUGACGAUCAAAAACUCCGAUUCGGCUAUGACCGUGAUCUUUUGGACGACCUAAUCGGCAAGUUGAAAGGACUCCUAGUCCGCGACGAUGAUCCGGCAACGGACGUCGAGACACAGGCAAAAGAAAGGGCCAUCGAGAAAUGGCACGCCAUCGCCGAGUUAUACGAUGAGGAACAGUUUAAACCUUCUUCCGAUGCAUCCGGAACCGCUGAACCUGGCACGUUGCCCAAGUUCGACACUUACGAAGCCCGCGAGAAAUACAACGUCGAUCAUCACAUUAUGAACCCGUUGCCUGCGCUCGGCGGAGAACUCGGGUUGACGACAUUGUUCCAAACUAGUGUUUGCAGACUAGGGAAUUAUUUCGUCAGCCAAAAGUGCUUCUUCAGGAAGGACUACCUAGGCCGGACAUUCACCACAUCGCCUCUGAUCGGGUCCGGUACAACCGACCUGAUUGGGAUCCAGACAUUCCCCCCUGUUCCUCCUAAAGAACGGCCUCAGAUUCGUCCUGUCAUUUUCGAACACAAGCCAUACAUGUCGUUUCAUGACUUGGUGCGCUUGAUGCUCUUCCUGCUGUCAGGAGACAUCGAGAUCUCCUUUUCGGGAAAUCAAGCGCAAUGGCCUACCAAGCACGACGAGCCGCGCAAGAAGAAGACCUUCCUGAGCUCAGCUACGAGACUCCUCCUUUUACAAAUCGUAGAACAGAUGCAUCUCAACAGAGCACGCUACUGCAUCUUAGGAACUUGGGACUAUUAUGUAGUCUUCCACCUCAAAGACCGUUACAAAAUCGCGUGUUCUGAUAUCGUCAGUCGAGAUUCGAAAUUUAACGACAAUAUGUUCAAGAGCUCCGUGAUUAUCGCCAAGGCGGCAUUGACCCAGGACAUGGUUCCGACUUGGAAGCAAUACCUGGAUAAGGUCCGGGCUAGUCCUUACAGUCUACUUGAAGUGCUGGUCUCCCUCAUGGUCGAAGAGAUAAAGGAACUGCCAAAUGAUGAGAUAUGGUGGGACAAGGACAACUCAGCGGUGAUAAGGAUCUUGCAUGAGUGCUCGAAACGCAAAAAGGACUCCCAUUCCACCGAACCGGACUUUACUCCCGAUAGCAGUAUUGGACAGACUAUCGGCCCUAUCUUGGAGGGCAUCCCGGAGUCUGGGUCUGACAGUGAUCGCAUCAGCGAUCAAGUCGGUCCCUCUGCGAACGCGCCUGCGGAGCCCGAUCUAUUUGGAGGGGGCCCUUUCCCAUCUUCUGCCGAGAAAGCUGGCGAUAGGCAUGCAGAGGUCGAAAUGACCUGUCAAAGCGACGAGGAUACAGAGGAGACCCCUACAAGCGUCGAGAUGGAGUUCGACGUGACCGCUCCGAAGAGGAUCGUUCCUUUCACUUUCGAUAUUGAUUCCAUUGGUCAUCAUGGAAGUGGCAAUUAUACGUUGCCUCCUGCAGACACCGUCUGGUACGAACAGCGAUUCGAUCCCAAGAUGUCUGAGUUCACUGAGCACGGCACCCACGAUGGAGGGGGUCCCAACACCUGGCCAUCCUUGUUCUUUCAAAACUCGCCGCCCUCGAGUCCACCGUCGCUCAUCUCAGAUCUUGGAUCGAGUGGCAGUUUCGAGCGAGAGUCACAAGGAUCGGUUGUGAACAUCGUCGUCUCCCAGUACAUUGCGAGUGGGCGAUGUUAUGAUGUCUACCGCGGAGUGGCCGAAUUGCAAUAUGAAGGCUACUUGGAUACGGUCAAAGUUCCGAUAGUCGCGAAGUAUCUGGACGGUGAGGCGGAGAUGCCAAAAGCACCGGGUUACGAUCUCUAUGAUGAUGAUGAGCGAGUAGUUACCUCAGGGAAUGUGAUGUGCUUCAAGUUUUGAGGUACACCAAUGCAGUUCCACUCUUUUACGGAAAGUUUGAAGAC